AUGCGAGUGACGUUGCGGGAGUUGCGUGACCGGGGAGCAGUUGGAACCCAGUUUGACCGCACGGAAUCUCGGCCUGAGGGAAAGCGAAGAAGAAGAAGAAGACUACUCGUCACUCUGUUGUUGUUGGUGGGGGGUUCCUUGGGCUCAAACCAGCCUUGGCGAGAUUAUCCCGACGUUCCCGGAAUAAUGAAACUGGAAACAAACCAGAAGGGUGGAGGAGGAGGAGGAACGGCUCUUUCCCGUCUGUCAGGGAGAAUGCGAGUGACGUUGCGGGAGUUGCGUGACCGGGGAGCAGUUGGAACCCAGUUUGACCGCACGGAAUCUCGGCCUGAGGGAAAGCGAAGAAGAAGAAGAAGAAGACUACUCGUCACUCUGUUGUUGUUGGUGGGGGGGUUCCUUGGGCUCAAACCAGCCUUGGCGAGAUUAUCCCGACGUUCCCGGAAUAAUGAAACUGGAAACAAACCAGAAGGGUGGAGGAGGAGGAGGAACGGCUCUUUCCCGUCUGUCAGAUUCGCAUCACACGAGACUUGCUUAAGGUUUUAUGUUGUGAAAUCAACGGGUUCUGCUGCUUGGGGGAAAGUGGCCAUAAGAGCGGACUUGACGCGGCCCAAGACGCGAGUCGAGACGCAGUUCGUAAUGGCGAGGGCGGAUUUCCUCUGUCGACGAUUUUAUUGCGUGGCUCACUUCCGGCAUCAAGGAAUGCGACUCCUGUCGACUGCUGCUGCAAUGUGCUGUCGUAAAAUACGCGAGCCCCCCAAAGACGAAAUUUCCGCUCAGAGAGAAGGGCCCUGCGAAGAAGAAAAGGGUAGAAUUCACGGGUGGCUGUGCGAUUUGAAGACACUCGACUACCUUCAUUUGGUUGGCGGACGCGUCCGUGAAUGUCAAGCGCAAGUUUUUCGCAUCCGUGAACUGUGGGUGGAGGAGAGCUACACGGACUUCGAAAAGGGCAUCAACUGGCGGUCGUACGUCGUGUGUGACGUGUCGUUCAAGCAGGUGGACAACUGGCUAUGGACGCCAUUCAUCGAGCGUGGACCCGCCAAGCGGAUCUACGUGGAGAUGAAAUUCUCCGUGCGGGAUUGCUCCCUGUACCCGGGUACCACCCGGUCGUGCAAGGAAACCUUCUCUCUCCUCUACUACGAAUUCGACGCCGCCACCCGAGAACCGCCGCCGUGGCAACCCGAGAGCUACGUGCUCGUCGAUCGGAUUGCCGCCGAUGAAGGCCGCUUCUCGCAAAACUCGGAAGUCAUUAUCAACACGGAAGUGCGGUCGGUGCCGGCGACCAAACGAGGGCUGUACUUCGCAUUCCGCGACCAGGGCGGCUGCAUUUCCCUCUUGGCUGUCCGGGUUUAUUACAAGACGUGUCCGGAAGUGGUGCAGUCGUUGGUUCGGUAUCCGGCCACUCCGACUGGCGAGGAACUCACGUCUGUGGAGCGAACGACGGGUCAGUGCGUGGCAAAUGCUGUGCCAGCGAAUGUCGACAUGAGUGGUGUCGACAGUGUAGCCUCGUCUUCGUCGUCGUCUGCUGCUGCUUCUGCUGCUGGUGUUGCAUCGUCGUCGUCGUCGACGUCAUCUCCGCCAGCGUUCAUGUGUACAGCGGAUGGCACGUGGGUCUAUCAGCAGGGGCGGUGUCACUGUGUGCCGGGUUACGAGCCGGAUGCAGCCAGGCGCUCUUGUCAAAGUGAGUUUCCACUUUUCCCACGGAUGGGAUCGUAA